CGUCGAGGACUGCCACUGCGGUCUCGGGCGUCAGCGGCGCGUGCGAAGGGAAGGGCUAGCCCGGCUUCCUGGGUCCUUCGGCGGUGGCCAUUGCUCCCGGUUCGUGCGCUGGGCUGCGAGCUCAUGUCUUCAGGAAUGCCACCAGAAAACUUUAAAACAACCAAUGUUACUGAUACAGAGGAAAAAGUGAAGUGCAACAUUGAUAAGGUAGAAAUUACAGAAUUGCCAGUGGAAAAGAUGGAGAACAUUGAAACUAUGUCAAAAAGACAGCGAAAGAAACUAAUAAAGCAGAAACAAUGGGAAGAACAAAGAAUCUUACGCAAACAAAAACGUAAAGAAAAACGCUUGAAAAGAAAAAUGGAGCGCCAAUCUCAGCUGGAAUCAAACGGUGAAGGAAGUGUCAGGAAACAUAUGCGUAGGGAUAUUGUUCCUAGUGCACUUCGUCUUAUAAUAGACUGCAGUUUUGACAAUUUAAUGGAAUUAAAGGAUGUCAAGAAACUUCACAAGCAAAUUCAGAGGUGUUAUGCAGAAAAUCGUAAAGCACUUCAUCCUGUUCAGUUUUACUUGGCCAGUCAUGGAGGCCAGCUGAAGGACAACAUGAAUGAAACAGACAAAGGAUGGAUAAAUUGGAAGGAUAUUCAGAUUAAAUCAGAGCAUUAUAGUGAGUUGGUGAAAAAGGAAGAUCUUGUUUACCUUACUUCGGAUUCUCCAGAUGUCUUGAGUGAAUUAGAUGAAUCAAAAGCCUAUGUUAUUGGAGGCUUGGUUGAUCACAAUCAUCACAAGGGAAUUACAUACAAAAGAGCAAAAGAACAAGGUAUCAGCCAUGCACAGCUCCCCCUAGGAAACUUUGUGAAAAUGAACAGCAGAAAAGUUCUGGCAGUCAAUCAUGUAUUUGAAAUCAUCUUGGCAUAUCUGGAAAAGAAGAACUGGGAAGAAGCCUUUUUUACUAUCUUGCCACAACGAAAAGGGGCCAAACUGCUGCAUGAGGCAACCGAGGUGACAGUUGCCUCCCCGUGCAAGCAGCAAGAGUCAGGAAUUAUUCAAGAUGAAGUCUCUGAAAAGAGCUAAAUGUUAAUGAAAAUGCUACUCAUGACACGAGAAAGAAAGCUUCCAACUUUGGAAUUUAUGAAAUGCUAUACCUCCUCUCUUGGUUUUAAGCACUAGAUUUUUAUUACCAAAUUUAAGCUGUAUAUUUACUCAUAAAAUAUUUAAUGGCAUUUAAAUAUGCAAAAAGAAUUGUUGAAGGAGUUUAGAUUUCCAAAGAUGCCAGUAUUUAUUUUCCUCCUUAAUCUUUUAUUUAAUAAUUUGCUGGAGUCUAUUUGUUUUUUAUUCUGAACUUCACAGCAGAAUUUUAAUUGUAAUACAAUCAACAUUCACUUGGCUGAAACUCAUGUUAAGUAUAUUUUCUUGUUUAUAA